AUGACUGCAAAUGUCGCCACAGACCUCCCAAUGCCUCAUAGUGGCCUUCCCCACUGUCCCUUUGGCAGCCCAUGCCCAACCACCCUCCAAGUCACUAGUGGACAACACACUGACACUGUCUCUGCACCCGGCAGCCCAAUCCGCCACACCCAUUCCCCUGCCCUAGGCAACCCAAACCAGCUUUCGCCACCUUUGCCAACUGUGCUAUGCGCCCAACUUGCUUCCACACUGCCACAGUGGGCCAACCCGCUAACCCAGGUCCAACCCGUCUUUCCACUGUCCCCAUGCCCAGGAGGUACAACUCUCAUCCCCAUCAGUCCAGCGCCAUGGCAGCCCAACCCACUUCCCCACCGUGCUCAGAUAGCCCAACUCACCUCCUCAUCAUCCCAACCUGACUCCACACUGUCUGCGCAUACAGCCUGUUUGCCAACUGGCCUCCCCACUGUCCCUAUACCCCAUGCGCCCAACCUGUCUCACCAACAUCCCCUUGCCCCGGUGACCCAUCUGUCAAACCCCAUGUGUCCUGUGCCUUGGCAACCCAACCCACAUCCCAACUUGGCCCAACCUGCCUCCCCACUGUCUCUGCUCCCUGGCAGCAAAAACUGUCUCUCCACCAAUCCCCCCUCCCCCACCCACUUGGCAGCCAAACCCUCCUUCACUCCGCCCCUCCCUGCAGCGGCCCAACACACCUCUUCACAACCCAUCUCCCAACUGUCUACCUCCCCCCACCCCAGCCAACCAACUCGCCUCCUCACAGCCCAACACACUAAUGGCCCAACUUGCCUCCCCACCAUCCUUGUACCUUGCCGGGCCCAACUUGCCUCCCCACCUUCCCCACCCCCCUACUGGCCGAACCCCCCUCCCCAGUGUCCCCGAGCCCCAGCAAUCCAACCUGCCUCCCCACCGCCCUCGCUUCCUGGAGGCCCAACCUACCUCCCGACAUACCCAUGUCUCGGUAGCCCAACCCACCUCCCCACCAUCCUUGUGCCUCGACAGCCCAAACCGCCUCCCCACCAUCCGCAGAGGUCCAACCCGCCUUCUACUGUCCCAAGCUCUGGUGGUGCAACGCCCCUCCUCAGAGGAAAUAUAGACAGUUUGCAUGAAUAUUCUGAAGAGGCCCUCAAUGCUUUGCAGCUGGUGGUAUCUUGGAGGAGUUCCUUGCCACCUCCUAUGAACAAUAUUUUUGUUGGUGUUUCUUCAGUUUAUGUCAUAUUUAAGCAUAAAGUAGAGAAUGUCAGAGCUCAGAAAAGAGAUGAGUUUGUCAUGUUAUUCCAUGCCAUGUAA